AUGGGUUUGUGCUGGACCCCAAGAUUGAAGCAGCAGAGCUCCUUGUCCCGUUACUGUAGAAUGCUUCAGUGUCAGACCAACAGAGAAGACCUCUCAUCAUCUGCAUUGCGGGGGGUGGCGUGCGCAUCUCUGCUGCUGAAGGUUGGUGGAGAUUUCUAUCUGAUCUGCUCCAAGUGUGGUUAUGGUGGUUCUGGAUCAAGAAGGGGGGAAAUGUGGUCAAGCAGUUCAGCCAUCGCAAGGCACAGCAGUCGAAUGGAGGUAGUAUUGAUUGCAAAACGCGAAGAUGAGAUCAUUUCAUGCAACUGGUCACAGCACAGGCCUGAAAGUCAGCUGAUCACAAUCUAAUAUUGUAAAACACUAUUGACAUUUCUGUUGACUAGAGAGGAAGGAUGCCACUGAAACUGUAGCCCUACAAUAUCCAGGGUUCUUAAAGGUCCGUGCAGUCAAAAAACGUGAUUUUCCUGUGUUUUAUAGAGCCUUCCACAUAUGAGGUUUGAAUAAAUUGCAGUGAACUUGUGAAAAUUAAUGAUAAUGCCUUUCAGUGUAAAGAGAUUGUUUGAAAUGGACCACCUGAAAUUUUCAACCUGUUUUUGGGGGAGGGAGUUUUGGGCCUUACACAGUGAAACAACAUGCGGUAAAUUCGUUACAGAACAAUAAGAAAGAGAGUCCAAACAUCGCUGCCAAAUAACGCUUCCUUUUCUGUUUUACCCUCCCUACUCAUGUACCGUACCAGACAGGCCUAUCAAAAUUAUUGCUUGAGAAAUUGAUCUUUGCUAAAGAAGUAUUUGUUUCUUUACCAUUUACAAUGAAAAAAACAAUCACUCAUUGAAAUUAUUUGAUAUUGAGAUAAAACCGGCUGCAUUGGACCUUAAGAUUUUGUUAGGCUUGGCUUGAUUCUGUCUAAGUAAGGGUUUAAUACAAUCAGUGGGUAACAGGACUGAUGCUUGAGCUUUGCUUUAUUUUAAUUUGUUCAUGGUGUUGCACUAGGAGCAACCUCCUACCUUUCAGCAGUGUGUUUGCGCUAUCAGGUGAGUGAUGGUCCCGCAGGGUCUUUCUUGAUGAUGUUGAAUCUUGAUAUAAUGCUGAUCAUCAUUACAUUUUGGUUAUUUGAAACCCACACUGUCCACACACAAGUGACACUAAAUGUCACAACUUCCUCCCAAAAGCGCUACCUCCUUGUUGGCAGCUCAGCGUUCGCGUCACCGGGCCUUUCUAGCCACUGCCGCUCUCAUCUCUCAUCCAUUUGUUUUGUCUUGUUAUACACCAACAUGGUCAUAUCCCUCAUUAGUACCUGUAACGUGUUCCCCUGCCCCCUUGUCUUUGGUUUGAUGUUUAUUGUGGAGUAUUAUAGCUCGGUGGUGGAGUUACUUUGUAUUUGUAUCGCCGGGAUAUUCACCCGUGUGCCUUGUUUUCUCCCAGAGCGCCGUAUUUACCAGUACUGGAGUGUAUUACGCAUCGCUGCGUACCUCUGUGUUCAUGAUUUAAACUAUAAUAGUCUGUUGAUUGACCCUCCUGCGCCUGACUCCGUCCAAGCCCCCCACCCGCCACAGAAUCACACACCCAAAACAUGGAAGGUCAGAGGAGACAGAGACCGCCUGGAGUCGUAUGGGCGAGGGUUGGAGAGCCUUCUACUAUGGCAGCCAGGAUGGGAGAGAAGCGAUGAAUCGGGAGAAGCGAUGAAUGCGUGAUUUACCCUCCUUUUUAACAAAUAUGUUAGUUCACCUGUAUUUAAACCAGGUAAACCAGUGAGAACAAGUUUUUUCAAAUUUACAACGUGGCGGAGCUGGCCAAGAUAAAAAGCAAAGCAGUGCGAUUAAAAACAAAACAAACAGAGUUACCAUAUGGGGUAAAACAAAACAAAGGUCAAAAAUUACAACAGAAAUAACUAUUAUACAGUGUGUGCAAAGGUAGCAAAGUAUGGAGUGGUAUAAGGCAAUAAAUAGGCAUAGUGCAAAAUAAUUACAAUUAGUAUUAAACGGGAAUGAUAGAUGUGCAAGAGAUAUGUGCAAUAGAGAUACUGGGUAACAAAUGAGCAAAAUAAAUAACACUAUUAGGGAUGAGGUUAGUUGGGCGGGCUACUGAGAUGGUGCUGGUACAGGUGCAGUGAUCGGUAAGGUGCCUGACAACUGAUGCCUAAAGUUAGUGAGGGAGAUAAGUGAGGGAAGAUGGUGACACCUCGGCUCCAUGGACUUUGAUUAUUGAGCCCCAGGGUUGAUUCAUUUCAUUGUUGGUUGUAUUUCUAUGUUGGGGAUUCUAGUUGUCAUUUCUAUGUUGGGGAUUGUUCUUGAUUAGUUCAUAAGGACUCCCAAUCGGAGGUAACGAGUGUCAGCGUCGGCUCGUUUUGCGAUGGGAGCAUAUUUAAAAUUGUGUGGUUUCUCCUGGUUGUGUGGGUUUUUUGUCCAAGUCAGUCAGUGUCACGUUGGACUUCACUUCGUCUUUUGUUUUGUAUUGACGUGCUUUAUAAAUAAAUAUCAUGUUCACUCGCCCGGGAGUAUUGGUCCGCGUCCUCAGACGAUUCGUGCCAGAAAAACCACCAUCCAAAUGGAUCCAAGAAGCGUGUGAAGCAGGGCCCGGCAACCAGGACCCAGCUCCAAGGUUCCUGGGUAUCAUGGGAGGAGAUUGGUGGGAAAGGGGUCUGGACUUGGGAGGAGAUCCUGGAUGGGAGGGAUCGCAGUCCAUGGAGCGAACAGGUUGGAAGAGGCGACGGCGAGAGGAGCAGCAACGGCGUCAGCAGGGGCCUCAUCGUUGGAAGGACGAGACGGCAGAGGCACCAAAAAAGUUUUUUGGGGGGGGACAUGGCUUGGACGAGGGGCUAAGGAGGCAGAGCAGGGGCGAAAUUCAAAUGGCAACCACGGUUACGGGGGUUCACUGGCCAAAGUAGCGGAAAGGAGAUGUAGAGGCACGGCGUGAGAGACUGAGGUGUGUAUCCAGUCCGGUAUAGGCAACGAAUUCAAGUUACGGGGGUAGGUGGGUAUGUCUCAAGGUGGGGGUGUAAUGCACCAAGUGGCGUGGGCGGAGACACAAUUCCCGGAUAUUGUCGAAACACUGGGUCAAGCCAUUUUGUAUUUUCUUCGAUUUGCUGUUGUGUGUUUACGUGUUGUCGGUGUUUUCGCUGUUGGUGUGGUGGUCGUUGAUGAUGGGCCGCUAUGGUAACUCAUAUAAAAUCUGCUCUCUCUAACGAGUCUCUGAGUGCUACGCUGUUUCUCGUAGCUUUGGGUCGGCCUAUUGGGUGGAUUUUGUUGUGCCUCCGUACGGUCCGGCCUGUUACGACCCCUCGCCACCAAGGAUACGGUGCGCUUCGCCAAGCACGGCCCGGCCGUUCCGGCCACUCGCCACAAGGGAUACGGUGCACUUCGCCGCCCAGCCCCGGCCUGUUCCGGCCACUCGCUACCAGGAUACGUGCGUUCGGCCACACCCAGCCGGCCUGUUCCGGCCACGCGCACCCAGGGAUACGGUUGCGCUUCGCCCAGCCCGGACCGGCCUGUUCCGGCAAUCGCACCAGGGCUACGGUGCGCGUCGCCAAGCCCUUUCCCACCAGUGCCACACCAGCCCAAGCCUCCUGUGUGCUCCCGAGUCUGUGCGUCCUGUUGCUGCUUCCGCACUAGGCUUAUGGUGAGUCCCCAGGGUAAAGCAUGCCCUGUUCCGGCUCUCCCGCACUAGCCCUUAUGUGCGUUCCCAGGGGCGCAGCUGCCCUGUGCCUGCUUCCCGCACUAGCCUGAGAUGCGUGUACUCAGCCCAGGUACCUCCAGUUCGGCACCACGCAUCGGCCUUACGGUGAGUCCCAGGGCCAAAGCAUGCCCUGUUCUUGCUUCCCGCACUAGACCCUGAGCGGGUGUCCUCAGCCCGGUACCUCCAGUUCCGGCACAACGCACAGGCCUAGCGGUGCGUCCCAGGUCAAGCAUGCCUCGUGCUUCUCCCCGCACUUAGCCCUGAGCUGCGUGUCCUCAGCCCGGUACCUCCUGUUCAGGCAACAGCACCAGGCCUAUCGAGCCGCUCUCAGACGGCCAUAGUCUGCAGUCUGGCCCAACGGGGCCUGAACUGUCAGUCUGCCCCCCAAACGGGGCCUUGAACUGACCGUUCUGGCCCCAACGGGCUCUGAACUGCCCGUCUGCCCAACGGCGCACUGAACUGCCAGUAUGCCCAACGCUCGUCUGAGUCAGUCUGCCAAGCCGCCGCAGGAAUGCCCGUCUGUACUGAGCCUGCCAAAGCCGCCCGUCUGCCAUGAAGCCUUCAGAGAGCGUUACGCCAGACAGGAGCAUGGCCAUGAGCCUUCCGCCAGGACAGGAUUCCAGGCCAGCAGAGCCUUCCGCCAGACAGGAGCAGCCAGAGCCUUCCGCCGACAGGAUAAGACCAGAGCCUUUCGCCAGACAGAUCAGCCAGAGCCUUACGCCAGACAGGAUCAGCAGAGCCUGUGAAAGACAGGAUAAGCCAGAGCAUUCUGCAGACAGGAUCAGAAAGAGCCUUCCGCCAGCCAGGAUCCGCAAGAGCCGUCCAGCCAGAUCGCCAGAGCCGUCCAGCCAGGAUCGCCAGAGCCAGCCAGCAGGAUCCGCCAUUCAGUCCGGUUGAUGGCCCCUUAGUCAGGUACCGUCCCUUAGUCCGGUGCUGCACCUUAGUCGGUGCGACCAUUAGUCGGUGCCGCCCCUUAAUCCAGGUGGGGUUUCAUUGGGGGGUGGUAAGGGGGAGGGGGGGCUACGGAGGGAUAGUGCUAACGGGUGGGGUGGGGGACCACGACCUGGGCCAUGAGCCGCCACCAUGGACAGACGGCCACCCAGACCCUCCCAAGGUAUGCUGGUCGACGGAGGUGCGACUUUAGGGGGGGUACUUGUGAAAAUGGCUCCAGGGACUUUGAUUAUGAGCAGGGUUGUUCAUUUCAUUGUUGGGGUGUAUUUCUAUGAUUUGGGGAUUCUAGUUGUUCAUUCUAUGUGGGUUUUGAUUGUUUUGAUUAGUCUAUGACUCCCAAUCGGACGGUAACGAGUGUCAGAUGUCGGCUCGUUAUCUUGAUUGGGAGUCCAUCUUACUGUGUGGGUUUCUCCUGGUUUGUGGUUUUUGUUCCAAGUUCAGUUCAUUGUCACUGUUGAACUGUCACUUCGUCUUUGUUUUGUAUUGCACGUGGCUUUAUAAAAAAAGUCAUCAUGUGACGUCGCAACGUUGCUGCGUAUUGGUCCGCUUCCUCAGACGAUCGUGACAGAGUAGUGAGGGAAGGGGAGAUAAGUGUCUCCUGCGUUCUGAUUCGUCCGAAAUCACCGCAACACUAAAAAUUGUUUCAGAAAAUAUUUGAACUCGUCUGUGAAUAUGUCAAUUGAUUUAGUUAAUUUUAUUUAUGUUUUUGAAAAAAGAUAAAUGUGAGCUUUGUCUGAAUUAUUUUAUGUUAUAUUAUGUUUUAUGGUACAGGGACUGGUGAGAUGUUUUUUUCUAUUGUGUACAUAUAUAUAUAAAAAAAGUCCAAUCGUUGUAGCAAAACAGGACUUUGAUGUGUAAAUUAUAUCAGGAUUUAUUUCGGCUCAGACCAACACAGUAGCUGUAUACACAGUAUAGUCUUCAUGGGUCAAGAGGUCAAACAAAAGUUGUCAUGGUACGGACAUAAACAAAUGUGUGUGCAAUGAGGCUGUCCACGGACAACGGUUGAUCAACAUGUUUACAUCAUUUCAAUUAAAUUAGGUGCAAUUGAGUCUGUUGCCCAGGGCUGUAUAGUCUAAACACUGUAUGUUAUAUCUGCAGGAAUGUAAAGAUAUGAUAAGGCAAUUAUGGUUAACAUUAGUAGGGGUGACAGUUUCAGUACAAGUUAAUUUCAUCGUCUAUUCACAUUGCUUUUGCUACACAGUGAAACAAAUUGUGUCCGUCACGCUGUACUGUGAAGAGAAAGGAUUGUAAUACAUCAUAAACUCAGUGAACUCCAAAUUGAGAUUUGGAAAUAUGAUUGCACCGUGGGAUCCAGACCAAGCUAAUCUGUGUACGCAACAAAUCAACUGUUCUUGUCAUACUGAUAAUCCCCGGGGAUGAAUAUCUUAUUUUUUUCACACAAACUGCCCAACUGGACAGUCGAAUGGUGAAGGGAUUGGGGCCGCUGCUGGACAAUGCGUCCCACCCACGUCAUAGGAAUCUGGCUGACUGUCCUGUUUGUGUUCAGGAUCCUGGUCCUGGGGGCCGGGGCCGAGAAGGUUUGGGGGGGACGAGCGUCAACUUUGUCUGUAACACAAACGCCCGGAUGUGAGAACGUCUGUUAUGACCACGCCUUCCCAUCUCACCGUCCGCUUCUGGGUUCCUUCAGACCCUCUCUGUCCCAUCCCAACCCUGGUGUACCUGGGCCAUGUCCUCCACGUCUCCACGUAGAGAAGAAGGUCAGGGGAAAUGAAUAAGCAAGUACAGGAUGAGCAGGCCAUAACUUCCUGAAGAAGGGCUCCAAAGUCCCCAAGUCCCAAGCAACGUCAAUGGGAAGAUUAACUGCAUGGCCGUCUGUUACGCAGUUACGUAGUGCACCUACUGGUGAAGACCCGUUGAGGGGUGGGGUUCAUGUUUGUCAAUACUACCCUGUAUGGAUUCACCCUCCAGGCUCGCUUUGCGCCAGCCGUUUCCCCUGCCCUCACCGGGUGGACUGCUUCCCCCUGUCUAAAACCCACGGAGAAACCGUUUUUAUCUGGUUCAUGCUGGUAGUAGCCUGUGUGUCUCUGCUCCUCAACCUCAUCGAGCUCUUCUACCUGUUUGUCAAAUCAGUCAAAGAGUGUGUGGACGGAACAGGACUACACGGUGACCCCGGUCACCCCUGCCUUGAGAAAAAGGCCAUUGAGAACAGGGACCAGAUGAUCCAGAACUGGGUCAAAUCUGGAGUUGGAGCUCCAGGGGAGAAGCUGGCAGUGCAGUGACGAAAAGUGUGGCUUCUGAGGACAACACUGCUAAUUGGGGGAGGUCCAUAUUUGAUUUUGCCACUUCUGUACACAUUCCUUUUCACACAAUCUGCGUUAUGUGGACCCAAAGAUCUUGUGGGCCCGGUAAAACCAUAUGUAUAAAAAGACCUUACUUGUGUGCCUAAAAGUUGAUUUCUCCAAAAUAUUAACUGCAUUCAAUAAAAGUUUUUUAAACGAAAAGAGGAUCAGUCUUUGAGCUUGUGCCCCAGUAACAAAUAUAAAUAAUUUCAAUCUGUAUAUUUUGGGGGAUUGUAUUAAUUGGUUGUGCCAUUGCUUGUAUAGUUUGAUGUAAUGUAAUUCCUAUAGCACCAUAAUCUUGAUAUAGCACAUAAUCUUGAUAUAAGGAAUUUAUUCUGGCUGGGAUCAUUGUGUUUGGUUUGAUUCCUCUUUUGUUUUUUAUAAAUGAGUCUCAGAUGUGUCCGCCCCCAUGAUAUCUAUUCUGAAAAACUCUGAGCUCUGUGUUAUUCAUUCAAUGCACAUAAAAAGCAUUAAUUUAGAUGUGUUCCUGUUUAAUCCCUUUAGUCUGUAUCUAUUUGUCAAUCAUUACGGCGGGACCUUCCAUCAGUCCCAAGGGGUUUAAAUUUUAAAAUCCCAUUUGCCGAUGAUGACUGGGACUGUGAACAUGCUGAUGGGUUACUCAAUCCUUUCCACCAGCCCUAAAAUCUCAAGGUUCAACUUUUGUUAAAAUCAGUUGGCCGCAGUCUCCAUAGGGUCAGGACAAGGUAAGAGGCAAAAUUUCUCUUCUCACUUCUCUACUUCAAUUUUAUUUUUAAAUGUAAUGAAAAUGAACAGAACAGCAGUUCAUUUUGUAAUAGUUUUUGAUAUAAGGAUUCCACUGCAAAUAUUGUCUUUGGAGUUUACCGAUUACCAGGCAAUAACAUAAAAGUUUUAAAUAUAAUUGAUAGCAAAGUUAUACAUAAUUUUUUUCCCAGAUCAUUACGUUUACAUUUAAAACUAUAUAUUUAGUAUCAUAUAGACUGUCAAUCAGUGGUUUCUCUACAUUUGACCAACUGCUUACAUUUGAUUUAUUUUGGUUUUAAUAAUUUUGGAUACACACGGGUUACAUGAUAAUGUUUUGUAACAAUAAUUUUCUUAUUAAAGGUAAAUUAAAGGCAUUGAGGGAUAUCAGUUUUCAGGCACUUGGCUUGAGGCUAUAGUGUGCGUUUCCAAUAGUCCGAUUAUGAUUAAGGCUGAAAACUGAGUGAAAAACAUUGAAAACCUGACUCAUGGAUAAGAUGGCCGUUGUGUACCCAGCCCUUCGUUCCCAUUUGGCCCUCAGAUCAUAGACACUAACUUGUUUCAUGUCUUCUUCUUUACUCUAGAAAGCCAUUGAACAUCAGCAAACAUGGGAGACUGGGUUUCUUUCAAGUUACUGGACAAGGUGCAGUCUCACUCACAUCAUCGGAAAGAUAUGGAUGAGUGUCCUGUUCCUGUUCAGAAUCAUGGUCUUGGGUGCCGGAGCGGAGAAACGUUGGGGCGAUGAACAAUCUGGUUUCAUAUGCAAUACGCAACAACCUGGUGUGAGAAUGUGUGCUACGACCAUAUCUUCCCCCAUCUCACACAUCCGUUCUGGGUCAUGCAGAUCAUCUUGUCUCCACUCCAACCUUCUAUACCUGGGCCAUGCCAUGCAUGUCAUCCAGGAGAAAACUGAGGGGCCAUACUGCAGAGCCAAUUUUAAACAAUGGCAACGUUGAAGAAGCCCAAAAAACAGCAAUGAAGCGGGGAAAGAUCAAAAUUAAGGGGAAUUUGCUGGGUAGUUACAUGCCCCCGCUGUUCUUUAAAAUAUAA